CAUACUUGUCGUGAGGAGAAUGACAGGAAUGACACUUGAAUGACACUAAUGACUGUUUCCAAUCUGUCACAUGACUGUCACCCCCCUGAGGCACGAGGCACGUGUGAAUUUGUACUUUAAAAAAAGUUUCGUCUUGGGUUCGUCUUUUUGGCUUAAAAUAUUGGAUAUAAUAAUAAAAGUGCACUAUGGCGCUCUAUAACUUCAAGAAAAUUGCUGUGGUUCCUACCUCAAAGGAUUUUAUUGAUAUAAUAUUAUCUAAAACUCAGAGAAAAACACCGACGGUGGUUCAUAAGCAAUAUAAGAUUACAAGGAUUAGAGCAUUUUAUAUGCGCAAAGUAAAAUUUGCACAACAAAGUUUUCAUGACAGAUUAACACAAAUUUUAACCGAAUUUCCCAAACUCGAUGAUGUUCAUCCAUUUUAUGCUGAUUUAAUGAACGUUCUUUACGAUAAGGAUCAUUAUAAGUUGGCCUUAGGGCAGAUUAACACAGCUAGGCACUUGAUUGAUAAUGUAGCUAGAGAUUACGUUAGAUUGUUGAAGUAUGGAGAUUCGUUGUAUAGAUGUAAACAACUUAAAAGAGCAGCUCUAGGUCGUAUGGCUACUAUUAUGAAGAGACAAGGCUCAAACUUAACAUAUUUAGAACAAGUUAGACAGCAUCUUGCUAGGUUACCCUCCAUUGAUCCUUACACAAGAACAAUUUUAAUUUGUGGAUUCCCCAAUGUAGGGAAGUCAUCUUUUAUAAAUAAAAUAACAAGAGCAGAUGUUGAAGUCCAGCCAUAUGCUUUUACAACCAAAAGUUUAUAUGUAGGACAUACAGAUUACAAAUAUUUACGUUGGCAAGUUAUUGACACCCCUGGAAUAUUAGAUCAUUCUCUGGAAGAAAGGAAUGUUAUCGAAAUGCAGGCUGUUACAGCUUUAGCUCAUCUAAGGGCUUGUGUAUUGUAUUUUAUGGAUUUAUCAGAACAGUGUGGUCAUACAAUAGAAGAACAAGUAAAGUUGUUUGAUUCCAUCAAACCGCUUUUUGCAAACAAACCCCUUAUAGUAGUAGUCAAUAAAACUGAUAUUGUAAAACUGGAAGACCUUAUUGCAGAAAAGAGAAUAACUUUGAAGGAAAUUGAAGAGGAUUCUGAAUUACAAAUUAUGGAAAUGUCAACAGUAACGGAAGAAGGAGUUAUGGAAGUUAAGAUAGAGGCUUGUGAAAAAUUAUUGAGCUUUAGGGUUGAUCAGAAAAUGAGAACUAAAAAGGUGGAUGGAAUUUUAAAUCGUCUUCAUGUGGCCAUGCCUAAACCAAGGGACAAUAAAGAGAGGCCCCCUUGUAUUCCUGAAAGUGUGUUGGUUAAGAUGCAACAACAACAAGAAAAAAAGAAACGUAAAUUGGCUAGAGAUAUUGAAUUAGAAGAAGGAGAUGACUUUGUUGUGAACCUAGCUAAAGAAUACACUGAUAUUCCAGAAGAUGAAAGGUAUGAUAUUAUUCCUGAAAUUUGGGAAGGACAUAAUGUUGCUGAUUACAUUGAUCCUGAUAUAUUUGACAAAUUAGAAGAACUAGAAAAGGAAGAGGAAAUUCGGGAACAGACAGGAAUGUAUGUCAUACCAAAAAUUGAACUCGAUGAAACUAUGCAAGAAAUUAAAAAACUUGCUUUGCAAAUUAGACAUAAGAAGGCAAUUCUUAAAGAUGAAGCUAGAAUUAAUAAACAGAGUAGGAAACCAGUAAUACCUAGAACAUCUGGUGCUAAAGUUAAAGAGCGUUCUGUGUCUAAACUAAGAAAAAGUAUGGAAAACUUGGGGGUCAAUAUGUCCAGUACUAAAGAAUUUAACUUUACGAAAACAAAACAGAGAGUAAGAUCUGUUGGGCCUGCUUCUAAGAAAGCUCGUAUGGAAGUAGAUGUUCUGAACCCAUUAAAUAAGGCAAGGGUUUUGGUUAAACCACCAAGAAAUGACCAAGGAAUUAAAGAUAUAGCUAUGAAGAAGAAGCUACAACAAAUUGCUCAUAGAGCUAUUAGCAAGAAAGUUGCCAAAAUGGGACUCAAAGGUGAAGCUGACAGAUUUAUUGGAAACAAGAUGCCUAAGCAUCUGUUUUCUGGAAAACGAGGUACAGGAAAAACAGACAGAAGAUAAUUAUAAUAUUUUCGUUGCCUAUUAAUUUUCAAUAUAUAUUCUGUUAUUGAUUAUAUUAAAUAUAAAAAAGUUGAAACUUA